UCUCUUGUCCUCAAUAUUUAGUUACCAUUACCACUUGAGUUCUUGUGUCUAAGCUUUCUCAUCUCCAAAGGCACAGCACAGUCUAAAAGCUAGCUCUUCAUAGUCAUACUUAUGUCUUGAAAAACAAGAACUAGCACAACCUAUGCAACCUUAGCCCUUCACAAUCACAUUCCUCCAAAUCACCAAACAUAAAAUCACCUCUCCAAUAAUUUUUCGUAUAGACAAAUAUUAGUACGUUAGUUGUUAUCUGAAUCAAAAGUCUCCCACCAAAGUCGACGUAGUACUAAUCGAUUCCAAUUCUUACAUCAAAUUUCUUGUUUUUUUUCUUUGAAUUAAUUUUUAUCAUCAUCAUGAGCAUCUCAUUGUCCAUGUGCAGACUAAUUAGACAACCCUUAACAAGCAAUGUUCAAUGCAGUGGCAAAAAACUGAAUAUGAGACAAAUUCAAAAAGAAAAUGUAGUGUUGGUGAUGGGCGCAACAGGAACAGGAAAGUCAAAGCUUUCAAUUGACUUAGCCAAUUAUUUCCCGUCAGAAAUCAUCAACUCAGACAAAAUUCAAAUCUACGAAGGUUUGGACAUAGUAACAAACAAAAUCACUCUAGAAGAACAAAAAGGAAUACCACACCAUUUAUUAGGAACACAUAACCCCAACAUAGAGUUCACAUCCAAUGAUUUUCGCGAAAAAUCAACUUCAGCGAUUGAUUUAAUCAUGAGCGGUGGAAAUCUUCCGAUCAUCGUUGGUGGCUCUAAUUCCUACCUUGAAGCCUUAGUUGACGAUGAUGAUUACAAUUUUCGAUCGAGGUACAAUUUUUGUUGCCUUUGGGUCGAUGUUUCCAUGCCUAUUCUUCGUUCCUACAUAGACCAACGUGUUGAUCAAAUGUUAAACAGUGGAAUGGUUAAUGAGUUGCGACCCUUUUAUAAUCCGAACGGGGAUUACUCAAAAGGGAUAAGAAAAGCCAUCGGUGUUCCUGAAUUCGAUGAGUAUUUUCGUAGAGAAAGUUAUGUUGACGAUGAGACGAGGAAAAUGUUACUUGAUAAAGCAGUGAGUGAAAUGAAGAUAAAUACAUGGAAAUUAGCUAAGAAACAACUGGGAAAAAUUGAUUGGCUUAAGAAUGUUAAGAGAUGGAACAUUCAUCGAUUAGAUGCUACACCUGUUUUUAAGAAGCAUGGAAAAGAAGCUGAUGAAACAUGGAAGAAGAUUGUUGCAGAGCCUAGUGCUAUGAUUGUGGCACAAUUUUUAUAUAACUCAAGAAAUCCUGCUAACGUUGUAAAAUCUUCUUCCAAUCUUAGAGUGCCAAUUUCUCAGGGUGAUCUAAUGGCUACUGCAACAUGUUGAAGAUGAUGAAAUUUUGUUCACCACAGAAAUAAUAUUAUUGAUUAUCAAAUAAUUGUUCCAUUUUUGCUUGAGGGGGUUAAGGAGAGUUUUGAACAAAUAAAUAAAGAUGUUUCAUAUGUGCAUACAAAAAUGUAUUAUCUGGAAUCCCAUUCAAUAUAGAGUUUUUUGAAUAGAA